AUGUCGGCCCAGCAGCAGCAUGUUCUAGGCCCACCGGAGCCCUCAAAAACCCCGGGGCCGAUGCGACAACGCUCCAGACAAGCCUGUCUCCCUUGUCGCCGACGCAAAAGGAAAUGCGAUGGCAAAAACCCUUGCAAUGUCUGCAAAGGGUAUGAUUACGAAUGUGAAUAUGAUGCUAGGGCUCCAUCAACAGCUUUCAAGCGCUCGGCGCCUCUGGAUGGAUCAUCAUCCCAGUCAUCCGCAAAAAUGACCCGAUUGACACCCCUAUCAGCGACGUCAAAUCAAAGCACCGAUUCAUCCAUCCUACCCGGAGUUAUCGAGCCGUCAAGACCUCGGUAUGUAGGAAGAUAUUCAUGUAUUGCAUUUCCACUUUAUGUUGGCUUGGAAGUCCAGGCGAUGAAACUUCCCCGUCUGCACUCGUUCGCAUAUCAUACUGGUGUUCGUAAAGAGCCACCCUGUACAGUUUCCCACAAGAUCGCAGGAGAAAUUCCAUGGAAUACAGUAAGGAGCCUCAUUGACAUCUACACUGCUGUUAUACAUCCUGUCUUUGGGUUUCUAGAUAUGGGUCGUAUCUAUAUGCUUUGCGAGAAGCAUUGGCACGGACAGCCUCAAGGCCUGGCGUUCGAAGCUUUGAUUUGUGGAAUUCUCGGGCUGGCAUCUUUGUUCAAAUCUCCACUGCACGAGGAUACAGAAUCAUGGAUAAUCUUACAUGCGAAGGAUAUUCUCGAAGAUGAUGUUAUCAGUCGCUUUCCUACCCUGGAAAUCAUCGCAGCGUGGAUACUUCGAACAAUUUAUAUUCGAUGCACCGGGCGACCUCAUGUGGCUUGGCUUUGCAGCUGCAGUAUUAUGCACCUCGUUGAAGCGGCCGGUCUACACCAUGCCCCUGAAUUUAUAAUGCAGGCGAUUGGCAACGAUGCCCCAAAUCCGGAGACUUCCGAUAUCAUCCAUCGAACAGCCCAAGUGGCCAACUGCGUUCAUGUUCUCAUCGCAUUCGAAUAUGGAAGAUCUAUCAUGUCAUUAAAUCGUCAAAUCCUUGAAAACUACAAUUCGACAUCGCGAGGAGGAGCUGGGGAUUUCACAUCACAAUUAUGCAGUCUCGUUGCCACCAUACCCACAAACCAAAUCACUGAUGAUCCGGAGGUUCUCAUACAGGAACUACUUUCGGCCUUGGACAAACUAUCUGAUACAAAGGUCGACCAUGAUUUUCUUGUAUUACUGCGGGCAGAUCUUGCAUUGGGUAUCUACCGUCGACUCCGCGUCAUGGAUCCAGGCCUCCGACAGGGACAGGAUGACCGGAUUAUCGCAGUCGGAACAGCCGCUCUAUCAGCAGCGCGAAGGCUGGCCAGUCAAGGUCAUCCGUGGUGGAAUGUUGUUGGUACGGUGUUUCAAUUCGCCUGUUCUUUGCUUGUUAUAGAUACAGACGCAAGUUUUGAAAAGCUCUCGGAGACGAUGGACGUCUUGGAACUUAUUGUCGAUCAUUUUAACACACAUCUGGCUAAGGAGGCGCUCUCCACUGCUCGGCAGCUCGUUAAGGCUUCAUUGAACAAGAAGCGGAAGGGUAUAGAAGCGCUUGAACGAAUCGUCGGACCAUCUGCACCUGACCCUGGAACGGAGGAACAUCUUUUACAGGACACUACGUCACUUAGCCCAUCACUGGCAGCUCAGCUUCCUCUUGAUUUGGAUUAUUUAUGGGCCAUGGAUUUUCAACUUCCCCUCUAG